AUGUCGUCCUCGGCGCUCUCCGCCCUCACAACGACCCUCCUUUUGAUCGACGUCGGUGCUGGGGGGGCGGGAGGCGCGGGAAACCAGUGGCGAGACCAGGACAUCCUCACCAAGCUGGCCGGCCUGCAGGGCAUGGUCGACUCCCUCACGGGCUUUGCCGGCGAAGAAGCGACACUAACGGCUGCCGGCGGCGGCGGCGGCGGCGACCAAGACCUCCACUACAACGCGAGCAACAUCUCGGCCGCACACCGACCGUCACAGUCUACACCUUUUGGAAGACACCACCACCAUCAGCAGCAGCAGGAGCAGGGGCAGCCCCGUCUUCCCCCCAUCUGCCCGAUCCUGAUCUCGCAGAACGGGUUCUUCGCAUCGGAGAUCAUGGGGGGUCGGGGGGGCGGCGGCGACUGGAGGGGCGCCGGGGGUAGGAACCGAUCCCUGGUAAUGAACGCCUACCCCGUACAAGUCCGUUUCCAGCCCUAUACGAAGGUAGAGUGCUCGCCUUGA